CAAGUAUCGUUUCAAAUGUGUUUGUAUUCGGUAACGUAUUCAAUGUGUCACCAUCAUCACCACACAACAAAUCGAAAGAACGGCUAAGAAAUCAGUUUGACGGCUCGUGCAACCGAAAGCGAAACGCGUGUAUUCACAACAAUCAAGUGUAUUUAUUGAAAACAAUCGAUUUUUAUAUUAUUCAUCUCAUUCAUCGCAUGUAAACCGUGAUAAAUCGCUUUCGUUGUUCAAAUCAUUUCCCCCGAAAUUUAUUCAUUGAUUAUUCAAAAGUGAAAAUGUACAGAACAUUUCACUGAAUACUGGGAUAGUGAAAAAAAAAAUCAAUAGAUCUGUGUGCCAUGGCAUAACCAAGAAAAGUCAUUUGAUAUGGGAGUUAUUAAUAAAUAAGAAAUCGUUUCGUCGAAAAAAUUGAUGCGUGUGUGAGCAGCUCAAAGCCAAAAUCCAAAUCCAAAGAACUUCUAUUCGUAAGACGUGUACGCAAUUUGAUUUGAAUUCCAGUGUGUGCAAGUUGAAACGUGCGGGCAAACAUUGAAUUGAAUAUUUGAAUCAUCACAUAAAAAUGAGCAUCAAAAUGACGGAGUUUAUACAAAAAUACUGGAAUAUGGAAUAUUUGACAGAGAAACACUUGGAUGGUUUCGAUAGUUAUAAAUAUAGCUCAAUAGACACAUCGCCGUUGAGCGUGAACGUGAUGCAUCCGUUUUGGAAUUCACUUGUUAAGUUUUUUCCAAAAUGGAUAGCGCCGAAUCUAGUGACAUUUGUCGGUUUUCUAUUUACCGCAUUAAAUUUCAUACUAUUGUCAUGGUAUGAUUGGGGAUUUUAUGCAAGUACUGGCUACGGAGAUACCACACCAACACCGAAUUGGUUUUGGCUUUUGGCGGCAAUAAACAUCUUUUUGGCGUACACACUUGAUGGCGUUGAUGGUAAAUUGGCGCGACGCAUUGGUCUCAGCGGUCCAUUAGGUGAACUUUUUGAUCAUGGUUUAGAUUCAUAUACGGCACCAUUGAUACCGUCCUGUUUGUAUUCAAUAUUUGGCCGUGGACCAUCAUCGAUUCCACCGAUUCGAAUGUAUUUCAUUGUUUGGAUGGUGCUAUUCAAUUUUUUCAUUUCACAUUUUGAAAAGUACAACACUGGCGUACUGUAUUUGCCAUGGGGUUAUGAUUUUGGAAUGUGGGGAUCAACGCUUAUGUUUUUAACCACAUGGCUGGGAACAUUUCAGUUUUGGAAACGAUCGUUGCCGUUUGGCAUUCCGUUGGGUUUAGGUUUAGAAUUUCUAUUGCAUGCAAGUGCCUUGUCGAGUGUACCAAUGGUUGUAGUCAACAUAUACAGAUCAUAUAAAUAUAAAACCGGAAAAAUGCGAACACCACUCGAAGCAGCCAGACCAUUCUUUCCGUUUGUAACAUUUUUGGCAUUGUUCAUGUUUUGGAUCGCAAAAUCACCGAAUAACAUUAUGGACAUUGAUACACGAGUCGUUUUUCUAUUAACGGGAACAAUAUUAAGUAAUGUCAGUUGCCGAUUGAUUGUGGCGCAAAUGUCAAGUACACGAUGUGAGGCCAUUCAUUGGACAACACCAAUUUAUGUGGCAAGCAUUUUAAUCAGUUUGUAUGUACCGAUUUUCGAAAGACCAUUACUUUAUCUGCUCUGCAUUUUUUCAACGGCGACACAUUGGCAUUAUGGAACUAGAGUGGUGCAACAGAUGUGUGAUCACUUUGGACGUGAAUGUUUUACGGUGACUCAAAAGAAAGUCCAAAAGAAUGGCGUUAAAACCAACUAAAUUGUGUUUUGUCAUUUUUUGCGCGCUUUUCACUUAAAUGGUUGUAAUUUGUUUAGCCAUUGUCCCGCUCCCCUUCUAAUCAGCCCAAUGCAAAUGAAGAUCUAAUGAAAUAAAUUCAGACGGAAACCCAAUCAAUUUUGAACGAAAUGCAAAUAUAAUUUAUAAAAGCAGAUAAUUGAAUUGGUUAGAAUAUUCGUGAGCUCAAUAAAUUUGUUAAAGUAAAAGAGCAACAUGUUCAUGUAAAAAAUGUAUGGGCACGUUGCAGUUUUAUUUUGACAAAUUUCUUGAGCUCACGAAUAUUCUAGCAGGUUCAAUUAUAAAUUAAGAAAAGUUUAACUGGAACGCUUCAUAGAUUUAAAUCCAGCUAGUUAUUAUAUUAGAAGAUCGCACUUUUCUCGUUCAGGCGAUCAAACAAAUGAAUAAUUUUACCAAUUAAUUUUUGCCAAUUUUAAAAUGCUCUUGCGCAUUAUAGAUUGAGUUUUUUAAUUUAAACGAUGUUUAUCUAACCAGUAAAAGCAAAAAAAGUUUCAAAAGUAACUGAUUAUAUUCGGCUACGAUCAUCCACUUGCAAGCUACUGCUUAAAAACUAAAUCAGUAUAUGCUUUGUAUAUUUUUUCUAUUGAGAUUACAAAGUGGAAGAAAAGAAUGAGAAAAGUAUUCGCUAUUUUGGUACCAAAGAUAUCAACGUAUGCGCUUGAUUAAAUGAAGAAAAUGAAGCGAAUUCAAUAGCAUCACAUAGAUAUCCGGAGCAUAAUACUUGGACUGUAUUUAAAAUGUAAACGAGAUAAUCAGAUUCCGCAUAUCUAUAUGUUGCUAGUGAUGAUAUGAAAAAUGCAUAUUGUAUUUGUACAGGUCGUGACGCUUAAAUUUUGAUGAGACCAAAAAGAAACCGAUUAAAAUGAAUCUAUAUAUGAAUAUGUAGGUUGUAAUGCAAAAUUCAGAAUGAAUGUAACACAUGUCAUUUUACUCAAUGUUAUUUUUGCACUUUUAUCCAUGUUUCACGUAUUGCACAAGAAAUAGAUCCUUCAAAUAGCCAAUUGAGAGGAUUUAAAUUGACAAACGAUACUCCACUUUUGUUUCCAUUUCUGUAAAUAAAUCACAUUGUUUUUUAUCCAAUCGAAUGUACUCCAACUCGAAGCUAUAAGAAACAAUCAAGUCCGAAUAAACCAAUCGCAUCCAAUUACUUUGAGCAUUAAAUUCCAAUUGCAUCAAUUUACAAAUGGAACAUCAUAGUAUUAUGAUUUAAAAAAAAAAAA